GCAACUCUCAGGGUUACCAACCCUGAAAGCCCCAAGGAGACAGGGAGGCGUGUCCUCAGAACGAAAGUCUCCAUUGGCUUUACUGCUCGUUGGAGGGUGGGAUGGUGCAGCUGCUAUUGUUGUUCAUUGGUCUGGUGAUUCCAUGGGGUGGGACUUGGCUGGGCCUAAACUCUAUCCGCUGUCUCGGGCCGGUUUCAGGGCGAAGCUGUCAUGCGUUCCGGGGGCCGCGGGCGGCCCCGGCUACGGCUUGGGGAACGCAGCCUCUUGGAGCCACCCUCACCGCCCAAGCGCCGCCUGCUACCGCGGGCGCACCUUUUGCCCGUGCUACUGCUGGCGCUGGCGGUGGCCUCGGUGUUCUACACCAUUUGGAGCGGCUGGCACCGCCAGACUGAGGAGCUGCCGGUGGGCCGGGAGCUGCGGGGCCCGUUGAUCGGAAGCCUCCCCGAAGCCCGGCUGCGGAGGGUGGUGGGGCAACUGGACCCGCACCGCCUCUGGAACACUUAUCUGCGCCCCCUGCUGGUUGUGCGGACCCCGGGCAGCCCGGGCAAUCUCCAAGUCAGAAAGUUCCUAGAGGCCACGCUGCGGACCCUGACGGCAGGCUGGCAUGUGGAACUGGACCCCUUCACGGCCUCAACACCCCUGGGGCCACUGGACUUUGGCAACGUGGUGGCCACGCUGGACCCAGGGGCUGCCCGUCACCUUACCCUUGCAUGCCAUUAUGACUCCAAGCUCUUACCAUCUGGGUUGGCCCCCUUUGUGGGGGCCACGGAUUCAGCUGUGCCUUGUGCCCUGCUACUGGAGCUGGCCCAAGCCCUCGACCUAGAGCUGAGUAGAGCCAAGGAGCAGGCAGCCCCAGUCACCUUGCAGCUACUUUUCUUGGACGGUGAAGAGGCACUGAAGGAGUGGGGACCCAAGGAUUCUCUCUAUGGCUCCCGGCACCUGGCCCAGCUCAUGGAGUCUGCACCCCACAGCUCUGGCUUCACCAGGAUCCAGGCUAUUGAGCUCUUUAUGCUUCUUGAUCUCCUGGGAGCCCCCAACCCGACCUUCUACAGUCACUUCCCUCGCACGUCCCGCUGGUUCUAUCGGCUGAGAAGCAUUGAGAAGCGCCUGCACCGUUUGAACCUACUGCAGUCUCAUCCUUGGGAAGUGAUGUAUUUCCAGUCUGGGGAGCCCCCUGGCUCUGUGGAAGAUGACCACAUCCCCUUCCUCCGCCGAGGGGUCCCGGUGCUCCACCUCAUCUCCACGCCCUUCCCCUCCGUCUGGCACACGUCUGAUGACUCUGAAGCCAACCUGCACCCACCCACGGUACACAACCUGAGCCGCAUCCUCGCUGUGUUCCUGGCUGAGUACCUGGGGCUCUAGCGCCCCCUGCUGACUCUGAGGGAGAAGCGCCCAGCGGGGGACGUGGCCGGGGCCCUGCAGCCAAGGAGCUUGGGCCAGGCCGGCCUGGGGUGUGCUGGCUGGUCCUUGGUGACACCCUUGGCUCUGCUUGUGCUGUGACUGGAAGACCCUCUUUCUUUGACUCUCUCAAGCUGCCACUCUUCAAAGUCAUGGAAGAGACAGACCACUGUGGAGUGAGAGCCAAAGGAAUGAACUUGGCCCCUGCCCUGAGGGAAACACUUGGGCUGAAGGUUUACAGGGACCAAGUGCCAGUUCUCAGUUUUGGUUGGCCAACUGUGGACUGGCGUCUGGACCAGCAAUACCCACAACCAAAUGAAUUCUCUGUGGCUUAUGUUUUUGUGUUGGUUCCUUCUCCAAAAUGGCAGCCUUGCUUCUGCACCAGUCCAAACCCAACUCCCACAAAGAUGCGCCACGCGGGGCCCACAGAGGGUGUGCUCGGAAGCAGGAACAGAGGAGAUGGAAGCCAAGACUUGGGAACUCCAGAUUCUGCCAGAUCCAAGUGGCAGUAAAUCGGUGCUUCUGCAAAACAUAUUCUGCAGAAACUAGCAUAAAUAGGUGUUGCAUGAACGAGGGGUUUGAAGCAGGGUGAGACAUUAAAUGAGUUUCUUCAUUGCA